AUGGUGAAUUAUAUAUUGAUCUAUAAUUUAUUAAAGUUGUUUACAAAGAAGGAUUUUGAAAUAUUUAAAUACCGAAAAACUGUAAUUAUAAAAAUGUGUGGACUUUCUGGUUAUCAUGCUAUGAUAGUAUCGAAGUACUUUGAGACUAUCAAAGACUUUAUAAACUUGGAGUUUGUAUGCAAGAAGUUUAGUGGUAAUAUGGGAAAGUUUCAUUUUAAUCCGUUUUCGUUGAAUUCCAAAACACUUGGAUACUUUCCAAACAUCGAGACACUUCACUUGUGGAAUAAAAAAGAUGAAAAUUUUGGCAAUGAAUUUAUGACCAACACAGAAGAAAAUGAAGACAAUGGAGAUAUAACCAUUUUAAAGAAAAAGUUCUUUCGAAUUAUUGUGUGGUUCAGUGUUGAUUUUGGAACGGUUGACAGAAACAAAAGUCGAAACAUCCAGUUUAAAAAUGUCACUUACACUGAAAAUGAUAGAAAUAAAUAUGGUUAUAUCAUACCAUUGAGCGUAACAUUUAUUGAUGGUAAUUGUUUUGAUGGAUGCAGUAGUUUAACUAGUGUUACAAUACCAUCAAGCGUGACAUCAAUUGGUGAUAAUUGUUUCUUUGGAUGCAACAGUCUCAGCAGUAUUACAAUACCACCAUGUGUCACAUCAAUUGGUGAUGGUUGUUUCUGUGAAUGUAGUAGUUUGAGCAGUGUUACAAUUCCACUAGGUGUCACAUCAAUUGGUGAUUAUUGUUUUGAUGGAUGCAGUAGUUUAACUAGUGUUAACAUAUCAUCAAACGUAAAAUCAAUUGGUAGAUGUUGUUUCUGUAAAUGUAUUAGUUUGAGCAGUGUUACAAUUCCAUCUAGUGUUAACUCAUUUGGUGAUUAUUGUUUUUGUGAAUGUAGUAGUUUGAGCAGCGUUACAAUACCAUCGACUGUCACAUCAAUUGGUGAUGGUUGUUUCUGUGAAUGUUGUAGUUUGAGCAGUGUUACAAUUCCACUAGGUGUCACAUCAAUUGGUGAUGGUUGUUUCUGUGAAUGUAGUAGUUUGAGCAGUGUUACAAUUCCAUCUAGUGUUAACUCAUUUGGUGAUUAUUGUUUUUGUGAAUGUAGUAGUUUGAGCAGCGUUACAAUACCAUCGACUGUCACAUCAAUUGGUGAUAAUUGUUUUGAUGGAUGCAGUAGUUUAACUAGUGUUAACAUACCAUCAAACGUAAAAUCAAUUGGUAGAUGUUGUUUUUCAUCAAACACAGUAGUUCAUUAA